CUUGAAGGGUGACUAGGCAGGAUGCCAUUCUACGGCAUCUUCUGAUUUGGACACAGGUCUUGUAUGGAAAGCAUCCCAGGCUGGCCUUGAAUUUUCUAUGUAGCAGAGGAUGACUUUUAACUCCUGAUCUUCCUAUCUCCAGGUUCCAAGUGCCAGGAUUACAAGCAUGCACCACCAUACCCAGCUCCUCGUGGCACCCAAUAUAUAGGACAUAGAAGAAAGAAGCACUUCUCUUUGCCUGCUUGCCCUUGCUAUCACUAGCAAGUCCAUUCCUUCACUGACAUUAGAACUUACUUCUUGGGGAUUGCAACAUAUACUGAAGACCAACUGAGACUUCUAGCCUUGUGACUUGAAAAACUACUGGAUGCUUGGACCUUCUGUGGAGAGACAACCAUUGUUGGACCAGCUGGACCACAGCCUUCUGGAAGGUUUGAAGGAGGGGACAAGAAGGCGGGAAAUGGACCUCCAAGAGUUUAAAUAGGUCACCUCAAUGCUGGGCACCAAGACAAGCAGAGGGACCCAUGAAGAUCUUCACCUGCGUUUCUGGCACCAUGCUGACACUUCGGACUCUGUUCCUGGCUGCCCUGCUUCUGGGGACUGCUCUGCAGUAUGCCAGCACUGCUCGAGCCACCAAUGUAGGCCGAGAGUGCUGCCUGGAGUACUUCAAGGGGGCCAUUCCCAUCAGGAAGCUGGUGACGUGGUACAGGACCUCAGUUGACUGUCACAGGGAUGCCAUCGUGUUUGUGACUAUCCAGGGCAGGUCCAUCUGUUCAGAUCCCAAAGACAAGCAUGUGAAGAAGGCCAUCAAACACCUCCAAAGGCUAAGGCAUUAGCCUGUGAUCGUCCCCCAGGAGCAUUUGGAGACUCCAGCGUUGGUGUCCAUGACCUCAACCCAAAGCUGCCUGCAUCCAGCAGAGGCCUUUAGAGCCCAAGAGAAGCCACAGAGUGGGAGUCCCUGUCCCCUUUUAUGGACUCAAGCUACAGGCAAAAAAACUCGGAUUAAAGUCCUCCUCCUUUA